UGCAGCGCCGGAAGUUAGACAUCGACAACUAGCUACUUAUUAGCCGGAAAUUUCGUCCGACAACGGGGAGAAAGUGCCGGGCACAAGAGCUCGUCGUCGACAAUUUAUACGUUCCGUACAAAACAAAGCCAAGGGAUGGAGAAUCAGCAGGUGUGGGUCCGGGACCCCCAGGAGGGUUUCAUAAUUGGAAAAUUCACAGACAUGGUGGACGGGGACGCGCUGAUUGUCCCGCUCGAUCCGAAAUAUCCGCAGCGCACCUGUCCCCUGGACGAGGUCUAUCCCGCCGGCGAAUACACCAAAGACGUCGAAGAUAAUUGUGCCCUGAUGUACCUAAACGAGGCCACGCUGUUGAACAACAUACGCACUCGUUACUUCAAGGACAGAAUAUAUACAUACGUCGCUAAUAUCUUGAUAGCCGUAAAUCCGUACUGCGAGGUGAAGGAUCUCUACUCGCCGCAGACCAUCAAGGCUUAUCAGGGAAAAUCGCUGGGCGAAACGCCACCUCACGUCUUCGCCAUCGGCGAUAAAGCGUUCAGAGACAUGAAAGUGUUGAAACAAUCCCAGAGCAUUAUCGUAUCCGGCGAGUCGGGAGCGGGAAAGACCGAGUCGACCAAGUAUCUUCUGCGGUAUCUCUGCGAUCUCUGGGGAUCAACAGCCGGGCCGAUCGAACAAAAGAUUCUCGAUGCGACUCCGGUGUUGGAAGCGUUCGGCAACGCGAAGACGAAGCGUAAUAACAACAGCUCGCGUUUCGGCAAGUUCAUGGAGGUACACUUCGACUCCAAGUGCCAGGUGGUCGGCGGUUACAUAUCCCACUACUUGCUGGAGAAGUCUCGAGUGUGUCUUCAGAGCCCGGACGAGCGGAAUUACCACGUGUUUUACAUGAUGUGCGCCGGCGCGCCGGCCGAUCUGCGCGCAAAGCUGGGAAUCACCAAACCGGACGACUUUCAUUAUCUGAGAAACGGUUGCGUUCAGUAUUUUUGCACCGCGAGCUCGGAGAAGCGUCUGAACGAGGCGCAAAAAAGCCGCGAGCAGAUGCAAAAGGGCAGUCUUCACGAUCCGAUUUUGGACGACGUCGACGGAUUCAACGCCAUCGAACAGGCGUUCACUCGACUCGGUUUAACGGAUGUCGAACGUAUGGAAAUCUAUACGAUGGUCGCGGCUGUGCUUCAUCUCGGCAAUAUCACGUUCGAAGAUAAUCCCGAAGACACCAAGGGCGGUUGCAGGAUAACGUCCGGUUCGGAAAAAGCGGUAAUAAUAUCCGCGAAAUUGUUGGGAGUGGAUCCCGAGGAAUUGCGACAAGCUCUGGUCUCGAAGGUGAUGCAGACCAGUCGCGGUGGCAUCAAAGGAACAGUCAUUAUGGUGCCUUUGAAAGUUUACGAAGCCAGUAACGCGAGAGACGCUUUGGUCAAGGCCAUUUAUAGCAAACUUUUCGAUUACAUUGUCGCGCGAAUAAACAAAAGUAUACCUUUCAAAGCGUCAAGUUACUACAUCGGCGUGUUGGAUAUUGCCGGAUUUGAGUAUUUCCAAGUAAACAGUUUCGAACAAUUUUGCAUAAACUAUUGCAACGAGAAACUGCAGCAAUUUUUCAACGAGCGAAUUUUGAAGUACGAGCAGGAACUUUACGCUCGUGAGUCCUUGGACGUUCCGAAAAUCUCUUACGUCGACAAUCAGGAUUGCAUAGAUUUAAUCGAGUCAAAAAAUACGGGUAUCUUCAGCUUAUUGGACGAAGAGUCGAAACUGCCGACUCACAGUUUUGCGCAUUUCACCAAUGAGGUUCACCGCGUCUGGAACGGUCACUUCCGCAUCACUUUACCGCGUACGUCACGACUGAAGGCUCAUCGAGAAUUACGAGACGACGAGGGCUUCGUGAUUCGCCAUUAUGCCGGCGGUGUUUGCUAUCAAACGAACCAGUUUAUCGAAAAGAACAACGACGCGCUGCACGCUUCUCUGGAAGCGCUUAUUCAGGAAAGCGGUAACAAAUUUCUCAGAACGCAGUUCGCUAAUCAUUCCUUGCAGAAGGGAAAGCUCAGCUUCAUCAGCGUUGGCAGUAAAUUCAAGACGCAGCUUGGCGAACUAAUGGACAAAUUGAAAAGCAACGGAACAAAUUUCAUUAGGUGCAUCAAGCCGAAUAGCGAAAUGGUGGCGCACCACUUCGACGGAAACAGCAUCAUGAACCAGCUACGUUGCUCGGGAAUGACAUCGGUUUUAGAACUGAUGGAACACGGUUAUCCGAGCCGGGUGCCGUUUCACGAGCUCUACAACAUGUACAAGUCCUACUUGCCCCCGGAACUUGCUAGGCUGGAUCCCAGAUUUUUCUGCGAGGCGCUGCUGCACAGUCUGAAGCUGAACAAGAAAGACUUCAAGUUCGGUAUCACGCGGGUCUUCUUCAAAUCGGGCAAGUUCGCGGAAUUCGAUCGCAUCAUGAAGUCCGAUCCGGAAAAUCUGCGCAAACUAGUCGCCAACGUGAAAAAGUGGUUGCUGAAGUCGCGCUGGAACAAGUUGCAAUUCUGCGCGCUGUCGGUAAUCAAAUUGAAGAACAAGAUCAUAUAUCGGCGGCAGCAUCUGAUCGUGUUGCAGAAGACGGCGAGGAUGUACAUUGCGAAGAAGCAGCAUCGACCGCGAAUACGCGGCAUCGUGCAGAUCAAGAAUCUGUGGAAGCAGCUGGCGCAAAUGGAGGAGACCGCAACCCAGCUGAAAAAUCGGGAGAAAUCGACGCGGGAUCUGAAGAGACUCGACGAUGACGUGAGGACAGCCAUACACAAGAUCAAGAACAAUCCGAGGAUCGCGCAGACGGAGAUAGACGGUCUCUACACGUCUCUGGUUAAUCAAGUGAACAAGCAAAUGGACGCACUUCAAGACAUGGUGAAGCAACAGAAGAUCGCCGAGGAACAAGAAAAACUGAAGAAGAUUCAGCAGGAGCUCGAAUUAGAAAAUAAACGAAAUAAAGAAGAAGAACUUAAAAAACGAGAGGAGGAAGAAAACAGAAAGAAAAAAGUGGAAAUAGAAGCCAGAAGAAAGAUGGAAGAAGAACAAAGGAGGAAACAGGAGGAGGAGGAUCAGAAACAUGCAAAAAUUCUUCAAGCUCAAUGGGAGAAGGAGGAUAUGGAGAAGGAGGCCAAGGAAGCUCGAUAUCGAGAAAUGAAGGAACAAGAAAGAAGGGAUCACGAGCUGGCGGUCAGACUUGCUCAAGAAUCGAACGGACAAGUGGAGGAUUCUCCGCCGCCUAUUCGAAGCAGCUAUGACACGCGAGUUUCCACGAACAACAACCGAUUAUUAAGAUCGGAACAAGUGCGCAAUCAGCAGGCGGCUAUAAGCAACAAAAAGUACGACUUGUCCAAGUGGAAGUACUCGGAGCUGCGAGACGCAAUCAAUACGUCCUGCGACAUUGAGUUACUGGAGGCCUGCCGUCACGAGUUUCAUCGUAGACUCAAAGUUUAUCACGCCUGGAAAGCGAGAAAUCGUAGGAGAACCACCAUGGACGAAAAUGAAAGAGCCCCAAAAUCCAUCAUGGAGGAAGCCGCAAAAACACCGAGAGCACCGCUCAAGCAACAGAUAGUUGAGUCGUCGCAGAGAUACUUCCGAAUUCCUUUCGUCCGUUCUUCCGCGGCGGGUCAGGAUAACACACACGGGGGCAGUAAAAGAGGAUGGUGGUAUGCACACUUCGACGGGCAGUAUGUGGCACGGCAGAUGGAACUUCAUCCCGACAAGCCGCCGAUACUUCUCGUAGCCGGUAUCGACGAUAUGCAGAUGUGCGAGUUGAGUCUGGAUGAGACCGGAUUAACGAGAAAACGAGGCGCCGAGGUUCUCGAGCAUGAAUUCAAUCGCGAAUGGGAAAAGUACGGUGGUAAACCGUACGUGCCGCCGUGCGACCGCAAGAAGUGAAAACUUCCUCGUGAUCGCAGAGGAAGUUUUCCGAUAUAUUUACGCAUUUUAUUGUAGUUUCGUCCGAAUAUCGUUUGCAUAUCGCAACGAUAGUCCCGCGCCUUGCAAAAGAUGUGCCUUGUGCAUUGCUGCACGAAUUUGCACGUAUUUCUGUAAUUCGUCCACGUUGUAGCUACGUAGAAACUUUUUAUUGAUAUAUAUACAUAUAUACAGGGUGUCCGACAAUUAGUGUAAAAUCUCUCGUAGGCAGG